CUCAGUCUCCUACAACAUACUUGAAUACUAAGACUUACAAAGUGUGGUAAAACGACAAGACGAGUAUAAUGGUUUAAAGUUGAUCUAAACUUUAAUGGUUUAAAGUUUAUCUAAACUUAACACAUUUGAAAAAUUUAUUUCUGUGAAAACUUCUAGAAAAACAACUGGAUAUAGAAGGCUUCUAUUAUAAAACACAAUCUAUAACUAAGUUUACUGAUAACCAGCAAUGUUCUUUAUGCAGAUAAUUCUAUAUAUGGUUAUUCCUGCUUCUUGCUACAGUAAACAUGUUUUUGUGAAGCUUGCUGAUGGAGGAACAAGUCGACCAAUAAGAAUUAUGCCUUUAGAACAUAACCAUGAUGGAAAUCAAAAAGAUGAAGCUGAAACCAAACUACCAUAUGCAGAUGCUUUGUUUGCAGGCCAGCAAGAGGAAAAUGGAAAUGAAAGUGACACACAGGAUUAUGCCGUCAUACCCCAGUCUGAUAUGAGUGAAAAUGGACUAAGCAGUUCUCAUAAUGAUGGUCAAAUAAUUACUCCUGAUAAAAUCCUUGACAGUGACUUAACAUCGAUGGAUGAUGCUCAAGGCCUAACACCUCAAACAGAAAUGAUUCCAACCAAGACAUACACAAAAUUACCUAGCAUAACAAAAUCAUUAACAUCAACACUAUCUACAAUGUCAUCUACAGUGUCCCAAUCCUCCUCAGAAACUACUCACAGAUCCAAACCAAUAUUACCAUGCCAUACAGACUGCCUGGAUGCACUUAAAGCUAUGAGAUUAUAUGCAAAACCAAAUGAAUACCUUAGCCAGGGAUCUAACCUAACACUUACAUGUGAGCUACCACUGAAUUCGUCGUACAUUCUUGAGGACCUAUACUGGCUUUACCACCCAGAAAACAGCCCUACUCAUCAAUGUUCUUUGACAAAAUCAGAAUUUUUGCACUCAUGUCAAGGAUUCCACAUCAUUACUGACACAGAUGACAGAAACAGUUCAUUCAUACAGGACUCUAUAACAGUAACCAAUGUGCUUGUAAACCAUUCAGGCCAGUACAUGUGUCAGGUGAAGCUUACAUGCUGUCAUAAGUCUCAAGAGCAUGUUAUGAAUAAGGAGAAAAUACUUCCCAUCACAGUUCAAAUAUGGCAGUUGGAUUACACCACUGAUCUAGUAAUUGCUGGCUCUAUAACAGCCUCUUUAGCAAUUGUUGUAAUUGUUGGAAGCUAUUACAUAUCUCGUAGACAAAGGACCCAAUAUAUUUUCAUAACAAAAGAUAUCCAUGAAAUCAAGGCAAGUGCAGUUCUCCACAUACCACUGGUUGAUGAUGACAACGACAGUUUUGACAGUAACUUUGAUACUCAUGAGUAGAAAUGUUUAAAUAUGUCUCAUGUAUAGUGCCCAAAUAUAAAUUUAUCUCAUAACAAAAUCAUGCAGUAAAGCACAGCUAACUCAAAAAUUAAUUCCAAAUACUGAUAUUAUUUAUGGUAAAUUCUUCCAGUAUGUAUACUGAAGAAGGAAAAAUCUUUGUUAGCAUAUUGUUUAGCUAAACCUCAAGCUAAUUUAUUCCCUUGAUUCAUAGUCAACAUACUUCCAAAGCUUUACAGAAACUGCACUAAUUAUGUCAUAAUGUCAAUACAUAAUAUCAGUUUAAAAUUUUGCUACUGUAAAUAUGACGCCAAAUAAUAUUUUUGGAUAAAGGAACUUUUCCGCUAUACUUUAUGAACAGUAAUUCAUAUAAAGAACAGCCUAGAAUACUAGCUACUUCAUUUUGUUUAAACUAACAAUUUAGUACUGUUAUCAGGGAAUUAUUUUUAAAUUAAUACCUUGCACAUGAAGGUUAGUAAUGCAUGGUGCGCUAUUGAAAAUCAUCAAAACAUUUUCACUUAAGGUGUACUAAACAGUAUUAUCAGCAUGUUUAUGGGAAAUUUUAUACCACUUUUAUAUUUAUUGCUCUUUUAAACAUCAACAAUAAAUAAAUUAUUAAAAA